GACGAAGUAAGAGUAUUAAUUGAAGGUGGUGCUUUGGCAGACCUCAAGCCGGAUCCAAGUAAAAAGUGGGGAGAACAAUCGCGUAAUAUUCAGAGUAAGCUUAUUUCAGAUAUAAUAAAGAAAUUGCCAGCCUAUCGGCAAAAUUCUGCUGCGAUCGAAAAAAUUUUAAAGCAGCAUCAUAAAACCCAAAGAAGAACAGCCACAAUUAAUGCCAAUCCGGCAUUAAAAAAACAUAAUCGAGAAAGAAUAGACAAAAAUAGUAAAGUGAAUGAU